CUCAACCGCAUCCACAAUGUUCAGAACCGCCAUCCUCAGGUCCGCCCGCGGCGCUGCCAGGUCUGCCGCCAGGUGGCAGGCUCCAAUUGCCCGUCCCGUUGCCCCGGCCUUCUUCGCCCACUCCAAGCAGCGCCUCCCCGCGGCGAGCUUCCAGGCCAUCAGGUUCUACUCUGCGCACGGCGGUCUGUCACAGGAGGAGGUCCAGGGCCGGAUACUGGACCUGCUCAAGGGCUUUGACAAGGUUCAGGACGCCUCCAAGCUCUCCCCCACGUCGCACUUCUCGAACGACCUCGGCCUGGACAGCCUCGACACCGUGGAGGUUGUCAUGGCGAUUGAGGAGGAGUUCAGCAUCGAGAUCCCGGACAAGGAGGCCGACCAGAUCCACAGCGUUGACAAGGCGGUCGAGUACAUCCUGAGCCAGCCCGAUGCGCACUAAAUGGGUGGAGAAGUAGCCGACGGACUGGGAGGAGUAUGGUGGUGGGGGCGACUAGGAGCGGAAUUCUAAUUGUACAAAGCCGCUGUGAGCUUGGGAUAUUUGCGACCCUGUACUAUGGACUAGAAACACGAAUUCGCUCCUGCAAAUGCCAUAUGAGUUCACGUCUCCA